UUAUAGUCUCUCUUGAGAUGAUAAAUUUGGAUUUAAACAAAUCCCAAAAGGGUUCUCAUAAAUAGACUACAAUUCUUUGAUAGAAGCAAAAGGAAAAUGGAUGAGAAGAUCGAUAUAGAUGAUAAGAUCGAGGAUGUCAUGCUCCCUGGAUUUAGAUUUCACCCGACAGAUGAAGAGCUGGUUGGGUUCUACUUGAAGAGGAAAAUUCAACAGAGACCUCUGUCUAUUCAGUUAAUCAAGCAAGUUGACAUCUACAAAUACAAUCCAUGGGAUCUUCCAACGUUGGCAUCAACCGGAGAGAAAGAAUGGUAUUUUUACUGCCCAAGGGACCGUAAAUACAGGAAUAGUGCAAGGCCAAACCGUGUUACUGGAGCUGGUUUCUGGAAGGCCACUGGAACUGAUAGGCCUAUAUACUCUUCUGAUUGCAACAAAUGCAUUGGUUUGAAAAAAUCCUUAGUUUUUUAUAGGGGAAGGGCUGCCAGAGGAAUCAAAACCGACUGGAUGAUGCACGAGUUUCGCUUACCUUCUCCUGUCUCACUCUCAACAAACUCACCUAACAGGACAUUUGACAAAACCGUGUCUGCAAAUGAUGCAUGGGCAAUAUGUAGAAUAUUCAAGAAAACUAGUUCAAUUGCACUGGCACAGAGAGUCUUAUCUCAAUCAUGGAUGUCUCCACAGCCUGAAACUGCAAUACCAGAGUUAUUCAGCCACGGGACAUCUGAAAUGACCCAAUCAUCAUCAAUCCAGUUUGGUUCUAGUGAUAUAGACAUUCCAUACUAUAAACCCUUAAACCCAAUCUCAUCUCCUUUCACACUUCAUAAAGAAGACAUACCCACUGCCACAUCACGCAUUAUGUACUCAGCAAGAGAAGAACCAGUUUCUGUGCUUUUCAACUUUGAUGUUGACAAUAAUAACUCGAAGAACGCACAGUUUGAAGGGACUGAACAAGACUUUAAUGACUUCUCUAUGGUUAUGCCACAAGAUAUGCAAGGAAACAAAUAUGCAGGACAAGGAGAGGAUGAAGCAAAUUUAAGUAUAGAGAACGGGAAUCAACAAAUGGUUAAUGUUAGUUCAAUUGGAUUUCCUUUCAGUUUCCCUCUGGAUCAGCAGCCUGAGGUGGUUUCGAAUGGAAAUCUGAUAUGGAAUUCACCUGCUUAUCCAAGUAAUUCAACUCAUUAA